CCGCCUUCGCUGGAUGCAGCAGCGGCAAUUUUCGAGACACCUUUCGCAAACUCUCUUAUUUCCCUGGCUUCUACCUAUGUUUGUUUGCAGCUCUUAAUGCGGACAAUUAUCCGCUCGGUGCCGGGCCUCCUGCGUUUCUGCGCCUGUGCCCUCGUCCUCUACUUUGCCUUUGUUCUCUGCGCCUGGGUCAUCAUUGGACCCUACCACGUCAAAUUCCGCACCUUCAUGUCCACCCUGGAGUGCCUCUUCAGCCUCAUCAACGGAGACGACAUGUAUGUGACCUUCUCGGUGAUCGGCGCCAACCAGGGCCUCGGCAUCUUCCUCUUCAGUCGCCUCUUCCUCUACAUCUUCAUCACCCUCUUCAUCUACGUGGUCCUCAACAUCUUUGUCACCAUCAUCUUUGAGGCCUACGAAGAGGUGAAGGUGAGUGCGAUCCCCGUUGCCCGUUUUCUAUUCACUCAUAGGCUAACAACCUGUAAGAACUAUGUUUCUCUAUGCUGUGCUGGUUUUCGUCACCUGAAUAUACGCCCCCGAGGUCAGAAGUUAUGUCAAAGGACAGUCAGAUAA